CAAAGCAGUGGUGGAGCUCUGGACCUCUCCUGAUGGAUAUAAACACUGUGUGCUGCACUCUUUUUCUACUGACAUGUACAGGAGUAUGUUUUGGCCAGGAGCUGAUAUUACCUGAGGGAAUAAAUAAAGCAGUUGGGGAGAAUGUGGUGAUUACCCCAAUCAGUAUUCCUGAACAACCACAUCUGUUCAUCAGAUGGAUGUUUAAAAAAGACACCAUUCUUUCUGGACCUCCUGAUGAAAUAACAUUACAACCACAGUACACUGACAGAGUUAAUCUGGACACUAGCACUUUAGCUCUAGAGAUCAGGAGCCUGACUGAGAGUGAUACUGGAUCAUAUUCUCUCUUUGUAGACACUGUUGAUAAACGUUUAACAAGUGUGACAUCACUGCAGGUGCUUGUUCCUGCUUCAAAUGUUGUUAUAGUACCAAGUAACACAGAGCUGUUAGAGUUCAACAGCACUGUAAGUCUCGUCUGCUCUGCGUCUGGCUCCUCUCUUUCAUUUAUUUGGCUAAAUGGCAGCUCUGAGGUAACAGCAGGGGAGCAAGUUCAGCUAACAAACAGCAACAGCAAUCUGACCAUUACCAGUGUGAUCAGAGGUGAAACAGGUCCAUACCAAUGUGAAGCAUCUAACAGUAUCAGCAAUGCAGAGUCCUCCAUUGAGCCUCACCAUCUACUGUAA